AUAAGGCCAUAAAAGCAUCAUUUCACAGUAAAAAUACCAGUAGAGACACACAGAUCACAACAGAGCAAACCCUAAUAUCUCCCCCCAAUUCAAUCCCUCCAGUGCCCACGGUUCAUCUAUAACUGCAAUGAUUGCCUCAAAGCCCUUGCCCAACAAUCGAUUCCUCUCAAUGGAUCCAGGGUUUUUCUGAUGUUGCUGUUGAGGUUUGGUGGUCCCUAUAUCUUAAAGCUUCGUAAAUGGUUGUGAAUUAUUGGUAUUCGCUCUUGAUACGGGGGUUUUAUGUGUGAUGCCAUGAAGGGUAGAUCUGUGGGAGUGGUUCGAGAAUCUGGUUAGGUGUUGGUGAUUUUUGGUGGGGUCUGUGUAGGUUAUUGAAUCAUUGGUGCAUGUUCGUGUUUUAAUUGAUCGUUGGUUCUGUGGAUCUGUGAUUUGGGUUUGUGUUUAUGCCCCAUUUGAAGGAAACUUUGAGUUUAUUUUCAUGUUUUUGGGCUUUAUUUAGUGGGUGAGUAUCUCCCAUUUUGUAUCAGGUUGGAUUUUUAGCUUUUGGAGUUUCUGGGUUUUGUUGAUAGGUGCUUAUUACCAGAUACUUGCCUCGUAUGAAACUUGUUGUGGAUGUGGGUCCUUGCAAAUUUGGAGCGUUGAUGCCAGUUUAGAUGUGUUUUGAGAGGAAUUGUGGCUGUUACAUGUUAUUGCCAUCAAAUUUUAGCUUUUAGGUUUUGAAGGUUUGUGGUGUUGUUGACUAGUGUUUGUUACUUUCUAUCUGUGGAAACUUUCUUUGUAUGAAGAUUGACACAGAUGUGGGUUGCAACAAAUUAGGAGGGAAUGGAAAUUUCUAAAUGUGUUAUUUGUAUUAUGUAAAGUUAUAGAGAGGCAAGGACUCAAUGUCAUUUAAGAGUAUCAUUCAGGAUAUGAGGGGGGAAUUUGGGAGCAUUUCUAGAAAAGGGUUUGAAGUGAAAUUUAACUAUGGGUUGAGAUCACGGUCGCACCGGGUGGUUCAGGAUAGUUCCAUGGUGGUUGAUGCGUUGAGACAGAGUUGUUGGGCUAACAUGCCUCCUGAAUUGCUGAGAGACGUGUUAAUGAGGAUAGAAGCAUCUGAGAGUACUUGGCCUCCUCGGAAAAAUGUGGUUGCUUGUGCUGGUGUGUGCAGAAGUUGGAGAGAAAUCACUAAGGAAAUUGUGAAAACCCCAGAACUGUCGGGCAAGUUGACGUUCCCCAUCUCUUUGAAGCAGCCUGGGCCAAGGGGCUCCCUCCUUCAGUGUUAUAUAAAGCGGAAUCGUAGCAACCAAACAUAUCAUCUCUAUCUCGGCUUAAAUCAAGCUUCAACUGAUGAUGGAAAGUUUCUUCUUGCUGCACGGAAGUGUAGACGUCCUACUUGCACAGACUAUAUCAUCUCUCUUAAUGCUGAUGAUGUUUCCAAGGGGAGCACCACUUAUAUUGGAAAGUUGAGGUCAAAUUUUCUGGGAACCAAGUUCACUGUCUAUGAUGCGCAGCCUCCAAAUGCAGGAGCAAGGAUUAGUAAAUCUCGUUCAACCAGGCGACUGGGUUCAAGACAAGUCUCCCCUAGAGUCCCUGCUGGCAACUAUCCUGUAGCCCACAUUUCAUAUGAAUUGAAUGUCUUGGGUUCCAGGGGUCCAAGGAGAAUGCAGUGUGUCAUGGAUGCCAUCCCUGCCAAUGCCAUUGAGCCAGGAGGAGUGGCCCCCACCCAAACUGAAUUUGUUCUUAGCAAUGUGGAUUCCUUUCCAUCCUUCCCAUUUUUCAGAUCAAAAUCUAACCGAACAGAGAGUUUGCAUUCUGGGCCUUUGUCUGGCCCAAAAGAUGAAAUGCUGGUUUUGAAAAACAAGGCCCCUAGGUGGCAUGAGCAACUCCAAUGCUGGUGUCUGAACUUCAAUGGACGGGUGACAGUUGCUUCAGUAAAGAAUUUUCAGCUGGUUGCUUCUGCAGAGAAUGGAGUUGCUGGUCAGGAGCAUGAAAAUGUCAUUCUCCAGUUUGGAAAAGUGGGAAAGGAUGUGUUCACCAUGGAUUACCAGUAUCCAAUCUCAGCUUUUCAGGCAUUUGCCAUCUGCCUCAGCAGCUUUGACACCAAAAUUGCUUGUGAGUGAAUGACUGACUAGCAGGUGUGGAUCCUAUACUAUGCCCAGCCACAAAGAUUUAUUAGAUGCCCAGCCACAAAGAUUUAUUAAGUCAUUAUCAUCCUCAAGAAUAUUUUUUUCAUGGCUCUUGAUUGAAUGUUUUGAUUGUUGCUGUAUUCUUAUAUGGCAAGCUGUUCACUCAUGUAUCAUCAUAAAUGUGACCUAGACGAACAUUCAGACUUAUUCUUCAAAAUGUUUCCCCUUAGUGUGUUCCUUUGAUAUGAUUAUCUCUAUUCUCAUGGGACAAACUGUCCUGUUACUUUAGUGUUCUGUGGGGUUAUGGCUCAUAUCAAAGGCUCUCCACAAUCCUAUGCUCUUUCAGUUAGUGUUUUCCUAAUCCAUUUCUCUUGGAUUUUAAGCUGCUGAAGUUCUUGAAUUUUACCUCACAGGUGUUGCCAGAUGCGACUGAAGUGAUCUGGAAAGGCAAUUGUAGUGCUGUGGCUUGUCAGUGUGCAACAAAGCUUUGGUAGUGCAAUCACCUUCCUGUUUCUUCCUAAGUAGUGAGGGUUUUCUUUCUAUUUUUUUCUCUGUACAUAAGCUGCUUCUAUUAUGAGCGAAACGUGCCUGUGCCCAUGUUGGUUGUGGUCUCGCUAGCACCCUUCAUCCUCUGGGUCAUUGACUGUUAGAAACUGAACACCUGAAUUGUGUAUGGCUGGCUUUGCGAGUUUGUCAGUUGGGUUCCUUCAGUGUUGCUUCUGUUUUCUUCUAUCAUGUAAUUUUGGAGUUCCAUUUCCGGUUGCUUGUAACAGUUCUUUGAAGAAACCUUCUGAAAUAGUAUACAAAUCUCCCCUCUGUUUUAGAUGUUUAA